GCGCUGCCUCUUCUUCUUGCUAUUGUCUCUGCUAUCCGCCCCUCUAGUCUCGGUCUGUCAUGGGCCGCCUCACCGGACGGUUGUUUGUGCUAUUCACGACGUGUCUCAUCUGCUUCAUUGCGUACUCAAGCCAGAUAUUCGUAAUAUGGCCUUGGUACGGCCGGGAGUUCUCUGUGGAGCUGCUGGGGCUCCUACUACCGUUCAAUAUCUUGGUGGGCAUGCUGCUGUGGAAUUACCGACUGUGUGUAAUAACCGAUCCGGGAGGCGUGCCAUCGUCUUGGAGACCUGACUUGAAUGAUAUGGACGGCUAUGAAGUCAAGAAGUUGACCAGAGGGCCGCGGUACUGCCGGACAUGCGAGAACUACAAGCCACCACGGGCUCACCAUUGCAGGCAGUGUAAACGAUGUGUGCUCAGAAUGGACCACCACUGCCCAUGGGUGAACAACUGCGUCGGUCAUUACAACUACGGACACUUCAUCCGCUUCCUCUUCUACGUCGACCUCGCAUGCACAUACCAUGUGACCAUGCUCACCAAGCGAGUGCUGUAUAGCACGACAUUCUGGGAGGAACCCAGCGGGCGCGAGCUGAUAUUCAUAGUUCUGAAUUACGCAACGUGCAUACCUGUACUGCUUGCAGUUGGCAUCUUCAGCCUCUAUCACUUCUACGCGGUAUACAGCAAUACCACGACCAUCGAGGGAUGGGAGAAAGAUAAGGUGGCCACUCUAGUCCGCCGUGGUAGGAUACGCGAGGUCAAGUUCCCCUACAACCUCGGCCUACGUCGGAACAUCGAAAGCAUUCUAGGCUCGAACCCGCUCCUGUGGUGCUGGCCGACCGUCCCGCCCGGGAACGGGCUGAAGUACCAGCUCGCGGACGGCGACGGUGUGGACGUCGGCCAGUGGCCGCCCCAAGAUCCCGACCGUUACCUAUACCCCGAAGACGACCCAGACCACAAGCUCGAGCUCCCCGCCUCGCCCUGGACGUAUGCCAACGGUUCCGUGAACCCCGACCUCCGGCCCACAACCACCGGCACGGCACGUAGGCGCAACCCCGCUCGCGCCCGCGCCAAGGCCGCCGAAGGUCCCUACGCCUCCGUCCCGCCGUACCAUCCCGACUACCACCGACAGGAGAGCCACGAGACAUACCCCGUCGACUCCGAGGACGAGGACGAGCAGUACGCGGACGAGCACCCGGGACGUCGGCGAGAGUUCCUGAGGCGGGGCUCGGAGGGGUACGAGGUUCGCCCGAUCGACAGGGAGGAGCUGCUCAAGCAGUACAUCGUGGACCGGACGGCGGAGCCUGGGCGGUACCAGCUGUACGUCCCGGACCCGCCCAGCGAGCCGGAGAGCGGGCCGGAGGCGGAAGACGAGCAGAUCCCCUUGGCUGAGAAGCUCGAGCGGUGGCGCGCGACUAGCGCAUAGCGCUUUGGUUGUCACUGCGUGCACAUCUAUACAUCGCGUUAUGGUUAUCUAUCAUUGACAUUAGAGGUGUGUUCUCGAUGAGUCGGACACUAUGGACAAUCGGUAUUAUUCCGCUAUACAUACACAUAAUAGAUAGCUGUACACCGUACGCGAGACGAGUACUACAUGAGAAGAGGACAACGAAAGGGACUCCGACAGAACAGACAACACACAAAACAAGAGACAAAUAAUGUCCGAUACGGAAGACGGGAUAUCCCACAGAGUGUAGACUGGAAGACAUUAGACGAUCACUAAUAGGCAGGUCUAUCUAAGUAAACUCUCCACACCAUCCCGCCCUUCUCGCCCACCUCCAGCAUGUUCAGGCCGGGAAGGACAGGCGUCUCCCACGUGCUGGCCUCGGUCUCUGUGAGAAGGACCCCGUUGAGCUUGACCUGGAUAGGUCCAGGCUGCGAAUCGGACGCCUUCCCCUUCGCCUUCUUCGCUAUCCGCGCAGACCGCGUCCGCUUGCGCGGCGACCGAGUUGCAGCCUUGCGCUUCGACGGCGAGGUGGGUUCCUCCUCUUCUUCCUCCUCCUCUUCCUCCUGUGGUACGGCCGCGUCCUCGUCGCUCUCAGCCUCAUGAUCGUCGUGCGUCACGAACGUCACGUCCGAGAUGACGAUGGUCGCCUCCGGCCCGUCCAGCCGCAUCGCCCACGUCCUAACUCCGUCUGAGUGAUCGAGAACGAGCCGCCGGUACGCAGGCAUCGUCGUGAUGACGGCAUGCUUCAGCGAGUGUGCGUACUGAUUGACAGCUGGGAGCGAUUGUAGGGAAGCGGCGGCGGACGGGGUUGAAUCAGCGACUGUGAGCGCGCCGGUGUUUAGGAGAGCAGGCGACUUAGAAGGCGCCUUGGGAGGGGCCGGGACCAGACUGGGUUGCUGGUAGCCAGAGUUGGGAAGAUAGAUGCCUGCGCCGUUUGCUUGUGGGUAGCCGGCCGGCUGAGCGGAGCUUGCGAUGGACGGCAAUGGGUUUGCUGGAGAAAGAGCGGUUGCGCGGACGGCAUUCGAGGAAGAAGGGGCUUGAGAGGAGAUUGCACGGACGGGCGGAGGCACGGGUGUGGGUGCGAUCACAGGCGCUACAGGCGGGGACUUGACGGGAUUCGCAGGAAUGCGCACGGACGGCCCUGCAUCAGCUGGUUUGACAUCCUGCUUUGUUUGUGCUUGGAGGUUCGAGGAGGAGGCUGCGUGAGAACGGCCAACUACAAUCGAAUUUGUGGACGGAAGCGAGGGAGCGGGGGCUGCGGUUGGUUUGGCAGGGGCAGGAGCUUGUGGCAUCUUGAGCUUAAUCUUAGUCGGGUGCUCACCGGCGUUGGCAUAUGCGGGUAUUGAGAAAGGUUCAGGGAGAUCGGCCAUCAGCUUUCUGAAAUAAUCCCGUAAUGCCGUCGCAUCUUCCCAUAUUUGAGUGUGCUCCUGAUUGAAUUCCAACGCAUUUGAGAACACCAACUCAACAUCGUUGGCAAAGUCGAACGGCCUAUGAUAUUCUUUCCGCUUCAACUUUUUGAAGACGUUCUCUAGACUCUGAGGCUUCUUGAUUAUGGUGUAGUACAUGGGCCACUGUUUGCGGCUAGGCAACUCCAUGAACUCGGCCGAUAGCACGCGGCCCUUGUCAUCCGUCUUGUCCACCAGCUUCUGCAACUUUGUUUUGAGGAGACGAUAAAGAUUAGGAGCUUUCUUCCUCUCAUCGUCCGAGCCUUCGCCGUCGCGAUUUUCUUCCUCGUUGCCAGCGAUACGAUUAUACUCUUUGGAUAGCGAUUUCUGUCCAUGGGGAACAUGUGUUGAGCAACAUGCAGCAAUUGGAAGUGAGGCGGAGAAAGACAUAUAUAUGAUGCAUCUGAGGCUCCAAGCUCUCCAGGCAACAGUGCUCACAUGCAAAAAUUUGGCGUCCUUGAAUAUUUGGCUUUCCUUCAUGUUGUAACGCUUGGCGUUGCGGAAACAUGUUUCGAAGUCCUGCCGGACGGCAUCGAGGGUCUGGUAUUCUCUUGCAUCAAGCUUCGCCUUGAUAUCGUCCAGAGCUACGGGCCGUUUUAUCUGCGCGUAAUAGUCUGGGUAUUGUCGUUUCGAGGGAAGACGCAUGAACUGAAAAGAGGCAAUUUGGCCUUCCUUGUUGACUGCGUCCUUCAACGCCUGCCACAGCUGCAGCCCCUUCUCCCUCACCUCGUCCUUGUCCUCAGCCACCGAUCCUACGUUCUCAAGGUCUCCCUUUGCAUCUCCGGUGGGCGUGUGCUCCUUGGCGUCAUGCUUGUGCUCCGGACUUGUGCUACUCGUGGCUGGGGCCUCCUUCCGACGUUUGGCGCGCGGUGCGUCGACGUCCACUCCUGUGGCGGCAAAACUCCUGGCCUCCCUCUUCGACAUCGUACUCGUGCUGCGACAAUGCGGGAAAGCUGGUUGUACGAAGUCCAGUACGAGCAGGAGGGCCCCAGUGCGCGAGACCGUCUCGG